CCUUUACCUCCCGCCCGCUCCCGGGCUCCGCCUGCCGCCGCCUCCGCCGCGUCCCGUGCCGCCUCUCCGCCCCCCCACCCCGCCCGGCGCCUGCGUGGUGCGGCGCGGCGCGCGCAGGAAUGUGCGUUACAGUUAAAUAGUGGGCGCAGGGGCGGCCGCCGCGGCGCUCAGGGCCGGCGGGCGGGCGCGGCGGCGCAGGGACGAGCCGGGCCGGGGCGGCGAGCGGAGCCUCUAUGGCGCGGCGCGGCUUCUGGGGCGGUGGCAACGGCGCGCCGCUGCUGUGACAGGAGCUCGGCCGCUGGGACUGGUGUUCCUCCCGCCCCACUCCCGAGCAGGGGACCCGCGCCGGCGUCCCGGGAGCGCGGCGGCACUCGGAGAGCGGAGCCGUGGCGGCAGCGGCGGCGGCGGCCGGGGGCAGCCGGCGUGUCACCGCCUCUAUGAUGAAAUUUAAGCCGAACCAGACGCGGACGUACGACCGGGAGGGCUACAAGAAGCGGGCGGCGUGCCUCUGCUUCCGCAGCGAGCGGGAGGACGAGGUGCUGUUGGUAAGCAGUAGCCGAUACCCAGAUCAGUGGAUUGUACCAGGCGGAGGAAUGGAACCAGAAGAAGAGCCAGGGGGAGCAGCCGUCAGAGAGGUGUAUGAAGAGGCUGGAGUAAAGGGAAAGCUAGGCAGACUGCUUGGGAUAUUUGAGCAGAACCAGGAUCGGAAGCAUAGGACAUAUGUUUAUGUUCUUACUGUGACGGAAAUACUGGAAGACUGGGAGGAUUCAGUUAAUAUAGGAAGGAAAAGAGAAUGGUUUAAAGUAGAAGAUGCGAUCAAGGUCCUUCAGUGUCACAAGCCUGUUCACGCGGAAUACUUGGAAAAACUGAAACUGAGCUGUUCACCCACGAAUGGAAACUCUGUGGUUCCCCCUCUUCCAGAUAAUAACUCCUUAUAUGUCACUUCUGCACAGACUUCUGGGUUGCCCUCUACUGUGAGAUAAACAUUUGGAUUACCUUUUUAUUCAUGUCAUCACAAGGGGAGACAUCUGUGAUCACAUGCAGGCAUCUGUGUAUCUGUCAGUUCUAAGUGAAAUAUGUGAAUGUGUCAUGAUGUCAAAUUUCUUUGAACAUUUUUUUCUUUUUUAACAAUGUAAAAUAGUAUUUCAGCAAACCAAAGCCAUAUAUGGAUUUUUUUUAAGAUGCCUUAAUAGGCCACUUAAAAAAAAAAAAAAAACUUGGGUAUAUAAAUUUCCAUAUCUGCUAAAAUAAAAUAUGUAUCUUGGUGGUGUUCAGCUUAUUUAAGACUAGCCAGUUUUAGUCAGUAAUUCUGCAGGAGUACUUGCUUAGAGAAAAAGCUUGAGCAAAUAGUCUUAUACUAAAUUUUAUUUGGUAUCGACAGAUGAAGCGCUGAGCUCUUAAGAUGGUAGCAUAUGGGUGAAUGGGGGUGCUGAAGGCAGAGAUGCUCAAGUGUGCCUACAAUAAAGGACUAAACCACAAUCAGUCCCUCGACAGCAAAGGGCACCGACACUCAGCACUGCUUCCCUCACCCAAAAGGUUGCCUUGUCCUAUGCAAUCUUCACAUAACUAGAGCAAGAACAACUUUGUCUUGCAGCUACCAAAACUACCCACUGUUUUGUUUGAUCGCUUGGCCAGCUGGUGAACUGUCAGAAGACUUAUAUUUAAAGUGUUGUAGAUCUUUCUUCCCCCGCCCCCCCCUUUUUUUUAUUUUAGCAUUUUGAUAUGUGUGUUGUUCAUGGUGUAAUUACACUGCAGGUUCCAAAAACUUCUAAUCUUCAAUGAGAAGCAUCUUCCCUAGUGUCCCUGCAGUCUGUUGUCAUUUAAAAACGUGUAGCGGGAAGUAAGACUUAGCCCAGGGUCACGCUUACGUUCCAGAGGUGUCUAUUAGCAAGCAUGUGUUGAGGUGUCUUGCCCAGCAGGAGCUACUGGUGGUACCUCCUGGGCUUGGAGACAGGUGGGUUGAUAUGUACUCAGAUUAAUGGAUAAAUAAUACUCAGGAGGUAUCCUGAAAGCCCCAAUUUUAAGUUAAUUCCUAAAUAUUUCAGUUUUACUGUUUUAACAUUAAUUGCUUUAGUUUCUUGAAUGAAAAGCUGUCCUCUUGAGAACCUAGCUGGAAUAAAUGAGGUACAGCUGACAACUUUCCUGUUAAUUAUUUUCUCCUCUUUUUCAGCCAAAAAGAUAAAAACUAAAUCCACUGUUGGUCUUAAUGUUUUUACCAUAGGAUUGGUCUGUGUAUGUGCGUGUAUGGUUUUCUUCUACAAGAACACAAUCUAAUUCAUACGAACAUCCUGAUUCUGAAUUUUCUAGGAUCUAAACCCAACUGUACCUCCUCUAUAGUCAGCCAAAACAGAGCUUGAGGUAGAUUACCUCACGUGUGAAGUUUAUUCUGGGUAAAGCUCUUUCUCUUACAUAGCAUUUGAACCUUUGUAAAUAGUCCAACUAGUAAAUAGUGAGUGUAAAAUGGAAAAUAAAUGUAAUUUAAACCUUUUGUUACUCAAUACACAAAUGGUUAACUUCUACUUUUUUAACAUAAAUUGUGUAAAAUGCUGCUAUAAAUUAAACUUUUUUGUGCUGUUACACUUUUUUAGGAAAAAAAGAAAUGUUGUUGCCACAAGUUACUUGUUAGAAAACCAAUCUUGUGCCAUAUGUAAAUGACUUAAAACUGGGGAGACAGAGGUUCUGAUCCCUUGAAGCUGCUCUCUUUGAAGAGGCAUAAAUACUACUGACAAGAGGCAUGAGCCACGAAGCUGAAGACUUCGGAAGUGUUGGGUAGGAUGCUGCUUUUCCAUCCCUUUAUCUCCUAUUCCAGGUCACUUCCAGAACUGGAAAGAACACGCAGCUCCCUUCAGUGCACCUGAAGCUGGAAGUGUUGCUGACAGCUGCUCCAUCCUCUCAGUCACGAGCUGGGGGGCUGGUGUUAAUAUUCCCGUAGUGCACACGUGUGUGCAUGUACUUUACACUCAACCUACUCCAGAUGGGGCCACGGUCUGCUCAGCUCACUGAUUUAAACCAACCUGUCUACCAAAAGCCCUGUUUUGCCCUGCAAAACAGAGGAAGGUGAAGUUGAGCAUAUUGAGGAACAUCUAAUCUCUGUUAAAAUCAUCCCUACAGUGUAUAAGGGCACCUCUGGCUCUAAAGCUGCCUUUAAAGAGCAGAUAAUUUAGCUCCCUUUUUUGAUCACUUUGCUUGCUUUUUUGUUCAGUAGUCAUUUUUACACUUUAAAUUGAGCAAACUUGAACAGGCCUUCUUGUAACAAGAUGAUAUAGAAUCUGUGAAAGCAAAACCAAGAACUUGGGGUUUCAUUUCAUUUAAAAAAAAAUGCUUCUGUCUCCAUUUCAGAGUCUUGGAAUAAAACCAAUCCAAGCUGUAUGAGAUUUAGUGGUAAUGCAUGAUCUUAUUUUGUAACUCUUGAACUAUGUAUUUGAUAAUAAUGUAAAAAUGUACAGUAUUGCUGUUGCUAGCAAACUCAGAGUUGAUUGCCUAUAAAUAUUUUGGUUAUUUUUUGGUCAUACACAUUUGAGCUGUUCAGUAGUGCCAGACAGAACUUGUUUUGUUUUUUUUUAAAUACCAUUUGUUGUAUAAAUCUCUUCAGUCUCUAUGCAACCUUCAGAAUGAAGCUCUAUUGUUUAGUUUGACUUCUGCUCCCUUUCAAAGAUAAACGUUCUGUGAAUUGUAAAGGUAAAUUGAAAACACUUCAGUUACGCUACAGGAAACGGCUGUAGUGAACAGGCACUGGCUUCAGUCCUAAUGAAACCUGACUCUAAACUUCACCAGAAAGGGUCUGUGUAAAAAUAAGAACAGAAGACUGAAGGGUUUUUUUUUCUACUACCUAUCAAUUUAAAUGUAGAAGCAUUUUGUUUUUACAUGCAUCUCUAUUUAGAUGGGCCAAACCUAUUUUGUACAGAGCAAAUCUGGGAUUUUUCUCAUGCCACAAAUUCCGUACAACUCGUCUAGACUUUUGGUAGAAAGGGAAGAGACAGGUUGUCAUCUGCAGCUUUCUAUGAGUCUAGUGCGUAAUGCUGCUUUUCCUGGCUGGUAGGUUUUGAGAUUGUAUGUUAGCUUAUGGUGGUAUCAAAUAGAAAUAGCCUUAAAGUUGAAGAUCAGGUGGAUCCAGAAUUAAAGUGGUUUUAAACACAAGAAAUACUGAUGUAUUGCAGAGAGGCUGUUGAAGUGAAAAAUCUUAUUUUGGUGCUUACUGCACCCUGAUUUAGCUGAGCGCUGGUCUGUUAAUGUGCUGUGAAAAAAAAAAAAGAGGCAAACACUUGGGUUUUCUUACCAACAUUGUUUGUGAAGUGAAAACUGAAGGGAAGGUGGGGGGAGGGGGGCACAAAUGAAGUUGUAAACAUUUUGACCUGCUUGCAUGGAUUUUCUUUAAAGAUUGAUGUAAGAAUUUUGACUUUUUAUAUUUGAGAAAUACCAGAAUAAAAUAUAAAUUAGUCCA